CGGUUUUUUCCUGAAGCUUUGUAAUGGUUGUGGUUGGUAGCUAUAGUGGAUUGGGAUAUCGUCAAGUGCAGCACAUUUGGAAUUAACACUUGAGUUCUGCAAUAGUGUUACCUAACAUAAAAGACACCAACAAAUUAUAUUAAAGAACUAUACUACUUCCUGAUACGUCUCUGCUGCUCAUUAUACAUUUUCAAGAAGAAGAAUAGCAAAAGACAGUUUGGCCCAAUAUUUAGUUUGUAAUAAAAUACUUGUGGCUUGUGUGUAACCAUGAGAAGUGCUGUAGAAGGUAUUGAUUGGUUGAUCCUGAUGGGUCAGUUAGAUGUACAAAGAUACACUGUGCACAGGAGCUGGAAACAAAUAAAGAUAAUACUGAUAUAUUAGAUAUUUACGAUGUAUGAACAUAUGAACAGGAAGCAACCAUGAUUUUACUUUUCAUUAAUUUACCAUCAGCAUUUUAUUAAUUUCUGUCAUGAACUGCAAUGGCUUACUUUAGGCCUAAUUAGGUACUCUCACGCAGAUUUUGUAGAAACAAACCACUGUUUAACUGUAUGUGUGUUUAGCAAUUGAUUGGUCAGUGGAAUACUUCAUGAUGGCGGCUACAACUUAACAGUAGAUACAGUAUCAGAUCCCCUACUUAAAAUCUCACUAGUCAUGGCAUCAUGGCUGCUAGAAGAGGUUCCUCUAUCAUUCUCUCUCUCGUUCUUUCUCCCCCCCUUCCACUGACCCUCCCAUUUUGCCAUGUAUGUCGUGGGACGUAUCGGGUGGCCGCGGGGUUUCUAUUUUCAGGCAACGUUCUGGAUGACUGAAAAGCUACAUGGAGCGAUCUGCGACACACAACAUGCAGGAGGUGGUAGAACAGGGUAUGUUUGUGAAGCACUGCAAGGUGGAGGUGUACCUGACGGAGCUGAAGCUCUGUGAAGACAGCAACAUCGACAAUGUGAUCACCAGACGCUUCAGUAAAGCUGACACAAUAGACAUGAUAGAGAAGGAGAUGCGGAAGCUGUUUACCAUCCCCGAUGAGAAGGAGACCCGGCUGUGGAACAGGUACAUGAGCAACACCUUUGAGCCUCUCAACAAACCUGACAGCACCAUUCAAGACGCCGGCCUCUACCAAGGACAGGUUCUCGUAAUAGAGCAGAAGAAUGAGGAUGGCACAUGGCCCCGAGGCUCCACGGCACCCAAGUCAUCUGGUGCUUCCAAUCUCUCUGCUUUGCCAAAGAUCUCGCCUUCAUCUCUCACAAACAAUCAUAACAGCAGCUUCAACAGCAGGAAUGUGAAGAAUUCAAGCUAUAGUUUGCCGUCCUACCACCCCUACAGCAACAGCUAUGACUACUCAGACCAGAGUAGGCAGAGUGAGCGCUCAGGCCUCUGUGGACUCUCCAACCUAGGCAACACCUGCUUCAUGAACUCUGCAGUGCAGUGUUUAAGCAAUAUCCCUCCACUGACUGAGUACUUCCUCAAAGACAAGUACACGGACGAGCUGAAUGAGGACAACCCGCUGGGCAUGAAGGGGGAGAUUGCCAAAGCCUACGCCGAGCUUAUCAAGCAGCUGUGGUCGGGCAAAUACAGCUACGUCACCCCAAGGCCUUUCAAGACCCAGGUGGGCCGCUUCGCUCCGCAGUUCUCGGGCUACCAACAGCAGGACUCUCACGAGCUGCUGGCCUUUCUCCUGGACGGCCUUCACGAGGACUUGAACCGCAUCAGAAAGAAGCCCUACAUCCAGCUGAAGGACGCUAACGGCAGGCCAGAUAAGGUGGUGGCAGAGGAGGCGUGGGAAAACCACAUCAAGAGAAACGACUCCAUCAUUGUGGACAUCUUCCAUGGCCUUUUCAAGUCCACCCUGGUGUGUCCUGUGUGCUCGAAGGUCUCUGUGACCUUUGAUCCUUUCUGCUACUUGACUCUACCCCUGCCCAUGAAGAAGGAACGCACUCUAGAAGUCUAUCUGGUCAGACUGGACCCUCUGGCCAAACCCACGCAGUACAAGCUGACCGUGCCGAAGGUGGGCUACAUCUCUGACCUGUGUACCUCCCUCUCCAACCUGUCUGGGGUGCCUGCCGAGAAGAUGAUUGUAACUGACAUCUACAACCACCGAUUCCACCGGAUCUUCGCUACCAACGAGAACCUCAGCAGCAUCAUGGAGAGAGAUGAUAUCUAUGUAUUUGAGCUGGCGGUGAACAAGGUGGAGGAUACAGACCAUGUAGUGAUCCCGGUUCACCUAAGGGAGAAGUACAAACAGUCGGGCUACAACCACACCAGCACGCCGCUGUUUGGACAGCCCUUCCUCAUCGCCGUCCCCAGAACCCUCAGUGAAGACAAACUCUACAACAUGCUCCUCCUGCGCCUCUGCCGGUUUGUGCGAUCUUCAGUAGAGGAGGAGGAAGAGGACUGUGAAGAGACGCAGCCAUCCAAACAACACACUGUCAAUGGUAACGCCACUAAUGGACUGCUGGAGGAGGGGUCGCCGAGCGAGAUGGAGACCGAUGAGCAGGACGACGAGUCCAGUCAGGAUCAGGAGCUGCCCUCUGAGAAUGACAAUAGCCAGUCAGAGGACUCUGUGGGUGGGGACAACGAGCUGGAGAACGGAGUGGUCGGCCCUCAGAACUCUACCAAAAGCCAGCAGACGGCCGGGCACAACAGAAAGAGACUUUUUACAUUCCAGUUCAAUAACAUGGGCAAGACGGACUUCUCCCUCAUCAAGGAGGACACCAGGCAGAUCCGCUUCGACGAGGGACACCUCCGACUCAGUGAUCGCUCUUAUCUCUCCUUGGACUGGGAACCAGAGAUCAAGAAAAAGUACUUUGAUGAGACCGUUGUCGAGGACUUUGACAAGCAUGAGAGCAUGGAGUACAAGCCUCAGAAGAAGGCUUUCUUCAAGCUGAAGGACUGCAUCGAACUUUUUACCACAAAGGAAAAACUGGGAGCAGAGGACCCAUGGUACUGUCCAAACUGUAAGCAGCACCAACAGGCCACUAAAAAGCUGGACCUGUGGUCUCUGCCGCCGGUGCUGGUGGUCCAUCUGAAACGCUUCUCAUACAGUCGUUACAUGAGGGAUAAACUGGACUCCCUUGUUGACUUCCCACUCAGAGACCUGGACAUGUCUGAGUUCCUGAUCAACCCCAACUCUGGGCCCUGUCGCUAUGACCUCAUUGCUGUGUCCAACCACUAUGGCGGGAUGGGUGGAGGCCACUAUACUGCUUACGCCAAGAACAAAGACGACGGAAAGUGGUACAACUUUGAUGACAGCAGCGUGUCUCCUGCCAACGAAGAUCAAAUAGUGUCCAAAGCAGGCUACGUGCUGUUCUACCAGCGGCAGGACACGGUGAAGGGCACCGGCUACUUCGCUCUCGACCGCGAGGAAGAGGAGGAGGAGGAGGACGAGGAGGAGGAUGAGGAGGAGGAAGGAGGAGGAGGAGAAGAAGAGGAAGAGAACGAAGGCAAGGAGAGGCAGGAGAGAAAGACCGUCUCCUCCGCGCAGGGUGCCUCGUCCGCCGCCGCCGCAUGCGCCGCCGUUCAGAGCGACGAGGAGGACCCGAACGAGAACCGGCGCAGGAAGAACGACAACGAGCAAGAAGAUGAGGAUGAGGAGGAGGAGGAAGAGGAAGAAGAGGAGGAGGAAGACGAGGAAGAGGAGCAGGCGCCCAAUCGAGACGUCACCAUGAAAACCAACUGAGGCCAACGGGGAUAGGAAUAAAUGGAGAGAGAGAGACUAGGAUCUUUCCAUCCAAAGCCAUAUGGACACACAGCAUGGCAGCGGGCGCCACCGGUCCCACCCGGCGGCUCGGACUCGGCCGCUCAACAGGCGGAGCCACUGCGGGGAUGACGGCUGUUUAGGUCGGGGAGCAGCCGUGGGUACGCAACUCUAAGAAAUCAGGGCCCUCCUCUGUGGUUGGAUCACUUGUGUGUGUGUGUGUGUGUGUGUGUGUGUAAAGCGUGUGUGAGUGUGUCGCCACGUCCAUUCGUUUUAGGAUUUGCUCACCUGCUCUCUGAAAAGACUCACUGAACGACAUUGAGGGCUGAUUAUGAGGCUUCACUGUACUCUGGUGUCGCACUCUGAAUCGCCCUCUCGCUUUUUGUGUUCCUUUUUU